UAAGGUGAAGAGCAGUGAUGUCACCUCUCAGGUUGCAGACGGGGAUUUUCAUGAACUCCUCCUACACACAGGGAGGCCUUAUGUAUGACAAACUUUCAUCACUGCUUCAGAACAACUCAACAAUCUGUCUGAGCGUCUUCACCAGUGAAACUGCAGCUCGACAACAAAGACAGGAUGGCAACAUCAGAUGGGUUUCCAGCCAGUUUCUAUGGUGAACCAGGAGUGUUAGGCAUGUUAUCCAAUGGGAUAAGUGCAUUCCUCGUACUUCUACAGAACUUCAAUACAGCUCACACUGGUAAUGCACCGGUCGGGGUGGAAAACAUACUUGCAGGUGUUCAUCUCAUUUUGAUUGGUGGUAUAUGCCAACUGGUGGCUGGACUGAUUUCCUUUAGAAGAUACGAUCAUCUGAGUGGCACUGCGUUCAUUGGCUAUGCUGCUCUUUGGGGCAGUUAUGGUGCCACUCGAAUCUACUUUGGUACCUUAGAUGAAACUCCUGCAACAGCAUCAAUGCCACAUCAGACGAUGAACAAUUUGUCCCUGUGCACUAACAUGAUGAGCAACAUGUCUCUCAAUGCCACCACAAAGAUUCCAGUUAGCCAUUUAUUGCUGUCCAUAAAAGAGUCAGCAAUCGCUGGUCUGGUCCCUUAUAUCCUUCUGUCCUUUCUCCUAGCCUUCUGCUCUGCCACAGUUAAUUACAUCAUGCCUGUUGUUUUUGGGGCCAUCACAGCCACCUUAGUUUUUGAAGCAGUGGGUCUGGUAGCGAACUCCUGGGCUCUGGUGCUCUCUGGGGUUAUGGAGUUGCUCAUUCUGAUUUUUGCCAUCUAUGGUUCAGCUGCACUGCUUGUAAAAGGUCUGACUCAACGUCUAGUCCUCAAAGGCUUUGGUACCCCCCUUUUUAAUGUUCUGUUGCUAGGGACCCCCAACUCAGCAAGCGCUCAGAGCAUUGGCCAGGAGAAGAAGAAAAACACAAAAUAUGCAGAGCCAGUGGCCUUGGGUUUCUUCUGUGACACUGUUGCCUCUUUCAUCUUUGCUUUCUACAGCUUUGGGUACAUGAAGUCCUUUUACUUAGGAGCUGCAUGGGUCUCAAUCGUCACAGUAGCCCAGCUGUUCUCCAGCUACUAUGCCCAUCUGCGCCAAGACUGUUACCACACCACUAAGUUUGGUCUUCACGCCACAUAUUGGCUGAUCAAAGCUUGGGAUGAAUUUGUGGUAUCUUCUCUGGUUGUGGAGGACAUUAAUGUGGCCUCAGGUAGGGUAAUAAUGGUGGGAAAUUGGUUCUUUAGGUGGCAAGCGUGGUGCUCUGUGUGGGAAGCCUGAACACGGAUGUCCUAGAGCUGAUCCACAACAUGUUGUUUCUCCUCCUUACGCUCUCAACAAUCCCCCAGAUUCCUAUCCAGGGAUACUACAUCUUCUUUGGUGUAGCAUGCUCCCUGUUCACCGCAGCCUCCCUGUAUGGCAUUUUCUCGCGUCUCAUCAACACCAUAGCAGAGAAGUCUCUAAUCCCUGUAGGACCACAGCCCAUCUCCUCUGACCAGUUGAUGAAGGCUUUGAAGUGCUGCAGGGCCGAGCAGGGGGACCAAGAACCACUACCUCAAACUGACCAGGGUUCAGACGCCCUGUUCUAUCUUUCAAAUGGGGUUGCAGCUCUCUCAGCUCUUCAUGCAAGUUCAUCCAGGACAAACUCCACCUUUCUUCAUCUGACCAUCCCUUGGGUCCUCAUCUCUGGAGCCAUCAUCCAGGUGUAUGUCAGCCGACUGCAGGUCACAGGAGGUGGCCGUUUUGGUUCAGUCAUCUCAUCCAUCUAUGUAGUAGUAUGGGCAACCUGGACCUGGUUUAGGUUUGCAGGUGACAUGCUUCAGCUUUCCACAGAUGAAGCUUACGGUUUUACAGCCGGAGCCAUUGCUCUCUUGGUCAUUAAUGCUUUCCUUAUGCUGAUUGCGGCCAACAGGAACCUGGUUUUGCUGUUUCUAACAGCAGUCAUGGAGGUUGUUCUGGUCUGUUUCCUGCUUUCCACUCUGCAGCAACUGCCUUAUCAGCUAGAAAUUGCCAUGCUGGCACUACUUUCAAUAAUUUGUAUAUAUGGAGUUCUGGCGUCACUCUUGAACUGCAUCUUCUCACAAAGACUGCUACCUAUGGGCCCUCCCUUAAUAAAGGAGAAAGUGAAGCAGGAAUCUGCUCCGGAUAGUCCCUGUCCUGUGGCUAAUUCCCGACUCACCAGUGGUCUCUUGAAGAUCGCUGGCCUUCUGAAAGAAGGAGGAGUGUGUGGUAUUCCCACAGACACUGUGUAUGCCCUGGCUGCCUCCUGCAAGAGUCCUCAAGCUAUAGAGAGAAUCUACAAUAUUAAAGACAGACCAGCAGAGAAGCCAUCUGCAUUUGCAUCCUAACGUGGAGCA